AUGCUAAGAUCAGUAACUUUAAAGACUGUUUCUAACCAAUUCAAGAGGACUUUGGCCACAGCCGCAGCAGCCCCCAAGGCUGAAGUAACUCAAUUAUCUAACGGUAUAGUUGUAGCCACUGAGCAUAACCCUUCAGCUCACACUGCCUCUGUCGGUGUUGUCUUCGGUUCCGGUGCUGCCAACGAAAACCCCUACAAUAAUGGGGUUUCCAAUUUAUGGAAGAACAUUUUUCUGUCCAAAGAGAACUCUGCUGCGGCCGCCAAGGAAGGUUUGGCUUUAUCUUCCAAUGUCUCCAGAGACUUCCAAUCUUACAUCGUAUCUUCCCUGCCAGAUUCUACCGCUAAAUCAUUAGACUUUUUGAAUCAGUCUUUUGUUCAACAAAAGGCCAAUUUAUUAUCUUCCUCUAAUUUUGAGGCUACUAAGAAAUCUGUCUUAAAGCAAGUUCAAGAUUUCGAAGAAAACGACCAUCCCAACAGAGUAUUAGAACAUUUGCACUCCACCGCGUUCCAAAACACUCCAUUAUCUUUGCCUACUAGAGGUACUUCGGAAUCCUUAGAAAAUUUAGUUGUUGCUGAUCUGGAAUCGUUCGCUAACAACCAUUUCUUGAAUUCAAAUGCUGUAGUUGUCGGUACUGGUAAUAUCAAACACGAGGAUUUAGUAAAUUCCAUCGAAUCCAAAAAUCUAAGUUUAAAAACUGGUACCAAGCCAAUACUUAAGAAAAAGGCCGCCUUCUUGGGUUCUGAAGUUAGGUUAAGAGACGACACCUUACCAAAGGCAUGGAUUUCCUUGGCUGUGGAAGGUGAACCUGUCAACUCACCAAACUAUUUCGUUGCUAAGUUAGCCGCCCAAAUUUUCGGCUCCUACAACGCUUUUGAACCCGCUUCCAGAUUACAGGGUGUAAAAUUGUUAGAUAACAUACAAGAGUACCAAUUAUGCGACUCUUUCGAUCAUUUUUCUCUCUCUUACAAGGACUCUGGUUUGUGGGGGUUCUCUACGGCCACCAGAAACAUUACCAUGAUUGACGAUCUCAUUCACUUCACUUUGAAACAAUGGAACAGAUUGACCAUUUCUGUCACUGAUACCGAAGUUGAACGUGCCAAAUCACUAUUGAAAUUGCAAUUAGGACAGUUAUACGAAUCUGGUAACCCCGUCAAUGAUGCUAACUUGCUAGGGGCAGAAGUUCUAACCAAGGGCUCCAAAUUGCCUCUGGGUGAAGCUUUCAAGAAAAUCGAUGCCGUUACCGUUAAAGAUGUCAAGGCUUGGGCUAGUAAGAGAUUAUGGGACCAAGAUAUUGCUAUUGCUGGUACAGGCCAAAUUGAAGGGUUAUUAGACUACAUGAGAAUCAGAAGUGACAUGUCCAUGAUGAGAUGGUAA